AUGGAAAAGAUGGAAGAGGGAAACGCCUUUUUUUCAUACCUCUUCCUGUUCCUCCUGGUUUGCAGAGUCUACUUCACUUUUCCUACUCUAUACAGUUCACGCUGGGAAUCAAUGUUGGCAGCUACCAUACCGGUCUUUUUGGUUCCCGAAUCGGUCGAGAAUGUCCAAGGAAUUCCAUACGAGCCAACAUCGCUGCCUAGAGCGAUGCAGCAGGUCGGCCGUGUUCUACGGAUCGGUUCCAAGCAUGAAUGGAUCCGAGUAAUCCAUAUACAGCUGAACAGCGCUCUGGAUAGGCACUCGCGCCAAUCGGAUACCGUAUCAAUACGGACCUCUUUGGCCAUAAAUGCUACGAAGAGCGAUGUGGCCGAUGGUGAUAAUGCUGAUGCAUCAUUCCGUAUCGGCCACAUCGUAGCGAUCGACGGCGACUUCGUCAACACUACCGAAGAGGAGCUUAUUGAGCUAAACCUACCAGGUCUUACUGAAGGUAUCAUGGCCGCGAUGAUCGCCAACGCAGAGCUCAACGGCAGUACCGCCCUUACUCCAUCGGAGCUGCAGGUCAGUGUAAGGAAGGGUAGAGACUUCAUCUCUUCUAGAUGCCUCUUUCUAUCAUUACUCGGCAUCAAGAAGCAUAGGUCGAGAAUUGAUGUGAUAGCUUUCGUGUAG